AUGUUAUCCAUACCUUACUACGACAGUAGCUACUGCUACUACAACUACAAUACCUGCUAUAUGCAUCGCAAAUCCAUUGCUGUGUUAUCCUUACCUGACUACUACAGUCGCUACUACAACUACGACUACAAUACCUGCUUUAUGCAUAAUAAAUCCUUUACUAUGUUAUCCCUACUUAACUACGACAGUCGCGACUACCACUACUACUACAAUACCUGCUGUAUGCAUAGCAAAUCCUUUACUUUGUUACCCUUACCUUACUACAACGACUGUAAUUACCACAACGACAAGACCAGCUAUAUGUAACGUUCUACCUUAUCUAUGUUUACCUACAGUAGCACCGACUGUUACUACAACAACUCUUAGCAUAUGUGUAACACAACCAUGUCUAUGUUACCCUAACCUAUGUACAACACCCGCGCCUACCACAACAACACAAUAUAUAUGUCUAUCACAACCUUGGAUAUGUUAUCCAUGGCUAUAUACGACAACGACUACUACUACCGCUGCUCCAAACAUCUGUGUAACACAGCCAUGGCGAUGUUAUCCACCAUAUGCUCCGACCACAACCACUACUACGGCAGCACCGAACCCGUGUGCGGUAUGUAGAAGAUGCUGUACGGCUAGCGGAGUGGUGAUAUCAUGGCCUGGUAAUCCUGGUAUCUCGGAUGAUAUUCGGCUACAUGAGAAUGGUAAAAGUGGUAUACCUGGAAUUGGAAAUAGCACAGAUAGGGUUGAUAAUGAUAAGAAAAGUCAGGUCGAUAACAAAGCUUAUCACGGUGAAAACCAUCAUGUUGGAGCUUCAAAUCACGGUAAGAAAGAUCGUUCUAGACCUAUAAAUCAUACUAAAAACGACAAUUUUACCAUGGUAUCUUCAUAAUAUCAUGACAAACAUAAUUAUAUAAAAUAUUUUCAGACGUCCAUAAAAAUAGUCAUCAUGACGAAAAACCACUAAAACCAGACAAAUCCUCUUCAAAAGCUACUGAAUUAGCCAAAGAAACAGGUAACAGUGAUAGACAGUUAAUUGGACCAGUAGGGCCAAGCUACAGAAAGCUAUCUGGAGUAUCAGCAAAAUCGACGAAAGAUUCGAAACUGCCUAAAGACAUAAAGCUACUACAAGAUCUUGGCCUUAUUCAAAGCCCUGAUCAGGUGGAAGUCUUUGAUCUGACUGAGAAGGCAGAUGCUAAUGAAUAUGGUAAGUUAGUAAAAACAUAUAACAUGUAACUUUCAAACAUAUAUAUCUCAUAUUACCUUAGCCUUAAGAGUGCAAACCUAGCGCUACCUUACUCUUUUCCUAUCUCCUGAGUUAAUGUCUAUUUGCCUUACCCUACCUAUAUUUAACACACCCUAAUCAUACCAUACUCUAGUCUUGUCGUUCCGUAUCUUAUAGUACUUUAGAGAUAAAAGUACAAACCUAGCGCUUUACCGUUUCCCUAGAUACAAAAGUACUGUCUAUCUACCUUAUAGACAGUACCUUAAGCCGUACUACCUUUACUAACCACAUCCUAGUCGUACCAUACUCUAAUCUUGCCGUACCGUAUCUGUCAUAAAAAUUUUAUAAAAUCAUAUUUUCAGCUGGUUCUCCUAGUAUAACUAAAUCAAUAGAAUCAAAUUCUAUAAUUGGAGUACCUGGCUUACCUUUCGGCAUACCUGAAGCAGCGACAAAAACCAUUGAUUCAACAGACUCAACAGUCGCAGUAACAAGUUUGUCUCUCGGUGUGUCAAGUUUACCCUUCGAAGUGUCAGGUCUACUCUCCGGAGUACCAAACAAACCCUUUGAUGUACCAAAUCUACCUCCAGGAAUUUCCGAAGCUCAGCUAAAACAAGCACAAACACUGCUUGGACUACCUGGUAUACCAGUUGACUUAAGCAAACUACCUGAAUUACCUCAACAACCACCUAGAAAUCCAUUUGAGACCCCUGAAUCUACACUAGCAUUACCUACAUCAGCAGCCCCAAAAGACCACUUUUACAAUGUUUAUCAACAAGACAAAGAACAAGAAGGCAGUGAUAACAAGAUAAUAGCUCCAGAAGCAGAAGAGUCGUCAGAAGGGAUGACUCAUUUCGAGAUUAUCGAGUUACCGUCAAAUGUUUUCAGAAGGUCGCCUGGUAAUUCAAGUGCCAUUUUUAAUACGUUUCAAGUAUAUAAUACGAGCAAUGAUUUUAGUAGAUUACUAGGUAAAAGCACAACCGACAGUCCCAGAAUACCAUCACAAUAUCGUCCUAGUGAUAUGUUUAGAAGAUUAACAAACCAUACGACGAUAAGUCCAGAAGCACUAGACUACAAUCCAACUUUAAACUUGUACAUGACAAAUAUGGAAGACCGAGAAGCUCUACGUUUUGAUAUCUUGAGCUCUACAACUUCAAAAGCUUACUUUGAUAGUAUGAAUUCAAUAGCAGAUGAUCAAUAUACGACAGUAGACGGAACAAAAAGUAAAGUAGAAGAUAUAGCAAAAACAAUAUCUGAAGCCGAUGUAGAAGAUACGCUGCUAGCAAAAUCUCAAGCCAAUGUAAAAGAUACGAUCAUAACAAAAUCUGAAGACAAUACCAUAACUCCAAAACCUAUUACGACAUCCUCAAAAGCUACAGAAUCUUUUCCAAAACCUACAUUAACAUUGUCACCAGAUAUGACCGUUCAGACUCAAACAGCUUCUGCAGAAUCUACACUACUGCCUACUGCAACAGCCACAAACCUUUUACUACCAUUUACUACAACAUUCACAAACCUAGAAACACCACUUACUACAACAACCACAGACCUAAACCUAGCACUUACUACAACAUUAGCACCUUUACUUGUAUCCUUUACUUCAAUACCUGUUGCUUCUUCUAAACACUAUACAACAACAUCCACAACUUUAUUGACAUUAAAUACUACAAUAUCUACCAAUUCAAUUCUGCCUCUAACCACACCAUCUACUACAACAUUAGUGUCAGUUACCACAACAUCUACCACAUUACUAGUAACUACUACCACAACAUCUACUACAUUAUUAGUGUCAGAUAACACAAAACCAACUAUGUUACUAGUAUCUCAUAACACCACACCAACGACACUAUUAGUGUCACAUACAACAACAUCUACUACAAGAUCAGAUAAUCAGAAGACCCUAGCAUUACCAGAACAAAACGAAUCAUCUAAAACAUCACAAAACACGGUCCAAAAAACGACGUAUUUUAACCCACUAUGGUACGAAAACAAUAAUAUACCUAAAGAUCUUCAAGAUUUGUUAAAUGAGUCGUAAUAUCAGUGAAUUCAAUGCUAUAUUAAUGUAUAUACCUUAUGCUUUGGAAAUUUUAAUAAAGUUUUAACAGAUCUUCGAAAUAAUAAUUUGAAAAAUCAAAAAAAGAUACAAAAUUAUGCUUCUGACUAACUUAAGUGACACAUCUAUCAAUUAAUUUUAGAAAAACAAAAUUUAUCAAGGUUUGUCACUCAUAUUAAAUUCUUCCGAAAUUAGUCUGGCCUACUUAAAAGAAAGCCUGGUUUAAGUCAAACUACACCAAUUUUACCUAGGCCAAGCUAUUCCAGUUUACAUUAACAAUUGUAAACUAAAUUACACCACUGUAGGCCAAGUUAGUCCAGAGUUAACCAGAACAUAUUACUCCAGUCUUAACUAGACCAAACUACACCAGUGUUGUCGACUAUUGGCGAUAUACAAAUGACAACAGUUACUAAUGUCGUUCUAUUGAUAACAAGCCUUUUACUAUGUGAUCCAGCAACAGCAGUUUAUAACGAAUUCCUAUCCAGAUCCAAGUUUUUCCCACUUGCGGCGGCCGCCUAUUCAGAUCAACCAGAACAGUGCAUCAAGAAUAAACUCAGUAACGCUACGGUAAGUUAAAAAGCAUAGCAAGAAAAACUAGAGAUGUAGCUAGAUAAAAGCAUACGGUAGCUAGUCAAAAGAAUACGGUAGUUAGUCAAAAAACAUACUGUAGCUUGUGAAAAGCCUACUGUAGUUUAUCAAAAGCAGACUGUAGCUUGUCAAAAGCCUACUGUAGUUUAUCAAAAGCACACUGUAGCUUGUCAAAAGCAUACGAUAGUAAGUCAAAAUCAUACUGUAGUUAAUCAAAAGAACUCUGUAGCUUGUCAAAGCCUACUGCAGUUUAUCAAAAGCACACUGUAGCUUGUCAAAAGCAUACGGUAGUUUAUCAAAAGCACGUUGUGGCUUGUCAAAAGCAUACGGUAUGAGAAGAGAGCAUAGAAGUUGCUAUAGGGUUUUUCUAAGAAGAGAGAAGGAGAGGAAGGUGAAUCCACCCCCAGCGACCCCCCCCCCUCCCUCUAGCUACAUCUUUAGAAGAAAGAGUAAAUUAGAAAAUCACCCCUUAGAAAAAAAUUACCACCCCGCCUCCUAAAACAAACCUGUCGGCGGAAUAUACUAAAGGUUUACUCUAGCUGUAAUAGAACUUACUGUAUUAACAAUAUACCAAUGUUUUUAAAGUUAAUAGCCAAAUACCGUGUACCAUGCGAUUCGAACGAGAAUGACUACUGUUUCGGAUUCAUCGCUUUGUCACACAAAGACAAAGCCAUCAUUAUCUCUUUUCGGUAAGAUGGUAAUACCAUUGUAAUCACUGUAGCUACUCUACAGUCCCUCUAACUACUCUAACCUACAAUAUUAACAUUUCAGAGGCUCAGAAACCCAAGAACAAGUAAUUCGAGAAGGCCUGGAUACUCUAGUGAAGCCACCAGUCCCAGAAUUUAAUGGUACCAAAGUUAGUUACUAUUUCAACAACGCUUUCCAGGCCAUUUGGACUGGCGGAAUGAAAGAACAAUUCGAGAAAUUGGCCAAACAGUUUCCCAGCUACAAAAUUUGGGUAGGUUCCUUGUAAAAAGUUCCAAAUUUAAACUCCAAUUUCUCGGAAACAAGGUCUGACAUAUCUUUACUCUACUCUACUAUACCUUACAUUGCCAAACCCUAUCAUACCCUACUUUAACCUACCCUAUCCUUAUUCAUCCUACGAUGCAUUAGUGUACGCUACCCUUCUCUAUCGUACUUUAUCCUACCCGAUAUUAAUAUAAAAUGCUUUACGUUACCCUACCUUACUUUACUCUAGUCUCCCUUCGCCUACCUUACCAUUCUCUACUGCACCUUACCCUGCCCUUCCAUACUUUACUCUACCGUACAUUAUCUUAUGCUACAUACCCUAUCUUAAUAUACCAUACUCUACUAUCCUCCACCUUAAACCUAUCCUUAUAUUCAGAUAACCGGUCACUCCCUCGGCGGAGCGAUGGCCUCCGUAUGCGCGGCCGAAAUCGCCUAUACACACCCAUCUUAUGCCACCCGUAUCAUGCUCUACACCUACGGCCAACCUCGUACUGGAGAUCAAGCUUUUGCAGAAUUCAUCGACCGCCACAUCAAGCAAUCCUAUCGUAUCAUCAACAAUCGUGACAUUGUAGUAAACCUGCCAUUGGCUAAUCCGAAUCGGUUUUGGCACCACAAAUUGGCCGUGAUAUACAAAAAAGAAAUGAACAUUGGCUCGGAGUACGUGACAUGUACUGAAAGUGACAUCAAAUGUGCAACCAUGUAUUUUACCGGUCAGACUUCGGUGUUGGAUCAUGUGUUCUACUACAAUGUUAGAGUGUCGGACUAUGGAGAGAAUGGCUGUAAGUUUAAUCGGAAUGUCAGAGUUGAUACUCGGAAUGAGUACGAAGAAGAACAGGAUGAGGAGAAUGAGUUAAAGAUAGUGAAUAUUGAUGAAAUUGAUGCUAGUUAUGAACGAGAGAUCGGCCAAGAUUUGAACAGAAAAUAA